AUCUCCGGAGGUGUGCAGUGUACAGCAAAUCACCGGUCGCUGCACUGCACUCGGAUAAGUGAGUGUAGAAAUUGGAAUAUAUCACAUCUGCAAGUUGUUUGGGUUGUAUUUGACCUAGACCAACCGCAAACAUGACAAUAAACAAGCAAACAAUCCGAGACCAUGGUCAACAUUAUCGACCACGUAUGGCAUGCCUCAAAAAGGUGGAGGCCUUCGUGGUGGAGAUGCAGGAUCCUAAGACUGGGGUGAAGGGAACAGAGCAGAAACUAAACGUCACCACCAUCCCGCAUGUCAUCACCGGUCAGGAUGUUUUGGCCUGGAUUGUCAACAAGAUGAAGGUUUCCACAGAAGAGGCCCAGGCUUUUGGCACCAUGCUGGUUGCCUACGGUUACGUCUACCCUCUGCAGAACCACAGGAAGUUGGUGCUUUGCCCCGACGCCACCCUUUACCGCUUCCAGACUCCAUAUUUUUGGCCUUCGCAGAAAUGGGGCGGUGAAGACACUGACUACGCCAUCUACUUGGCCAAGAGAAACAUCCGGAAGAAGGGCAUGCUGGAGCCGUAUGAGCAGGAGCACUACAACCACCUCCACAAUUGGAUGAACAACAAGUGGGACUUCAUUGUGAUGCAGGCUACAGAACAGUACAAAGCUGCGAAGGAGAGGAAGAAGCCUGAUCGUGUGGUCUUAGACUGCCAGGAGAGGGCCUACUGGAUAGUGCAGAGGCCACCGGGUCAGACUCGCAGCGCUAUGGACUACGGCGUGAACCGCCUCAUCGACCCCAACGCAGACGAGAAUUUCACUUACGAUCACUACCGACGAGUCAACAUAUUCCUUCAACAAGCCAUCAUGAGGUCAAAGGUCAAAUCCACGGUGUCCCUCGGAGCCCUGGUGAAGUACACGACCACCUACAAGAACCACGACCCCUUCCUGGCACCCUGUCUCCCUAGCAACCCCUGGCAGACGGACAACGACUUGUACUGGCAAUUGAACCUGCGAACGGUGGACGUCCCCACCAGCAUGCGGGUGGAGCGCUGGUCCUUCAGCUUCUUCGACCUCCUGAGCGACCCGCGAGGGCGAGCCGACUUCAAGCUGUUCCUGAAGAAGGAGUUCAGCGGGGAGAACAUUGCAUUCUGGGAAGCAGCGGAGGAGAUGAAGUGGGGCCCGGCGUCUUCCAUGACGGAAAACGCGGAGACGACCUUCAAGACCUUCUUGAAGCCUGGUGCUCCCCGCUGGAUCAACAUUGACGGGCGUACCAUGGGUCUGACCGUCAAGGGCCUGGACUGUCCUCAUCGCUACGUCCUGGACGCCGCACAGACACACAUAUUCCUGCUCAUGAAGAAGGACACGUUCUACCGAUACCUCAAGUCUCCCGUCUAUAAGGACAUGCAGAAGAAGGCGCUGAACCCUGAACCUCACAACUUCAGUGAUGCCCAGCUGGAGAACAACGCCCGUAACCGUAACCCCGGCGUGAGCCCCAUCCUGCUCUGGCAGCAGGAAGAGGCUGACCGGGCCGCCGCCGCCGCAGCCUCCGCCCCCAUCGACGUCAAGAAGAUGAUGAGCAAGCUGGACAGGAAGUAGGCGUGCCGCAGGAAGUGAUGUCGCCCAACCGGCGGAGGAGGAGAUAGAGAGGCACAGCACCAGCCAGCGUAACCGUAGACCGACGAGAGGUGAUUCGUGAUCGAAGCGCUGCUACCUGCAGUAAUGUUACUGGUUUGCGACCUCCAUGGCAACCUUGUGAUGUCAUUUACAUUAGAGCUAGCUAACAGGCUAACAGGCUAGGGACAAUACACUGUAGGUAUGGCGUCUCUUACGCUAGCGACUGUCCAUAGUGCUUAGGUGUAAACCUAUCAUUGUCCUCACACAGAGUUGUAUUAAAGUACGUAUGGAGAAUGCUUCUUUCAGGGUAGGCUUGUCUUCAGCAUCGUCGUACUGCAUGACGCAUGUAUUUUCAGCUCUAACCCACCCCGUUUCUGCAUUUUCAGUUGGUGACUCACCCAAUGAUUGUCAAAUGUCUAAUAAAACCAGAAUUAUGCAAU